UUUUAAUGAAGAUUGGAGCAAGUAAUUUUAGAUCUAUCAGUAACAUAAAGUCAACUACCAGUAACAAAAUCUUAAGAUGUUAAAGACAUUUGUUUUAUUGCUUUGUGUUGGGAUAUCCUUGGCUGAAUUUGAAACUGCUACUAAAUGUGGUUUUAAAGUCAGAAAGCCAGAAUUUUUACGCUAUUGCAUAUCGCCAGGAAGCAGAAUGCACAUAGGAGAUUUCGAUGGAGACAAACACGAUGAUGUAAUGUGUAUUGAUUUAGUUACUGGUGACAUGAGCAUCAUUUUUUCAAAGGUUUCAACUCUUCGUAAAAAAGUUUUUUAUAACAUGGAAGCUUGUAUAGGUGCAAAAUAUGUUCUCCUUGGUGAUUUUAACAGCGAUCAUCGCACUGAUAUUAUCUGCCAAUUACAUAAUGGUGAAAAAUACAUUUACCUGGCCACUUUAAAUGGAGUUUUCUCAACUUACACAAUGUUAAAUGCUGUCACGCAUAGUACGCCAAAUGUAAAAACAUUCUGUACACAAAGUAAUUACAGACCUGUGAUAGGUGAUUUUGAUGGAGAUAAAUUUGACGACUAUAUGUGUCAUGAAACUACUACUGGUCGAAUGUCAAUUAUUUACGGUCAAAAAAAUGUUGCAGAUUCAUUCAGAGAAGAAUCUAUGUUAAAAAAUACUUUUAUGUGCCGAGGAAAGAUUUUGACAGGUUUGUUUAAUGGAGACAAAAUGUGUGAUAUUAUGUGCCAUGACAAAACAUACGGAACUAUUGUUAUUGCUUCCGUUAACAACGAUCAUGUGAAUAUUAUGUACAACUCAACUUGGAAAUGCAUUGAAAGAAGCUCUUCUGUCAUGUUUGCUGACGUAGAUGGAGACAGUUAUGACGAUUUGUUAUGCAAACAAACUGGAAAAGUGUUACAGAUUUUAAGAAAUACCCGCAAUAAAAUGUUUUACAAACCAGUAGAAGCCGAGUUUUAUCCUGAAGCCAACCCAAACAAAAUGUAUUAUACUGUUGAGACAGGAGAUUUUAAUGGCGAUGGCAAAGACGAUUUAUUAGGCCAUGGUUUUGACGGAUCACUUCAGGUUGCUGAAAGCACUUGUUUAAAGCUGUAAUCUUUUAUGAAGUUCAGUUCUUGAUUAAAAAUAAAAAUAUAUAAAUUUAUA